AUGGCCAUCGUCGCUUCGCGUGUUCACGCACGAAGCGGCGGUGGCGGAAAUACGCGCGAGAAAAACCGCGCCCGGUCGAAAAAUGAAUUACGCACGAGCGAGACGCCUUCUGUGAUCGGCGCGCGCGAGACAGGGACGGCAUCUGGGUCGAUGUACCCCGCGGUGCGUUGUGGUGGUGUCGGUCUCGCUGGCGCACGCCGAUGU